CUCGAUUUUCCGAGCAAGUCCCCGUCCCGUCCCCAGCUGACCUGUUGCCCGCGCCAGCACGCCAGCACGCCCUGCCACAGGCACCAGCCACACAGCCUCGUGGAGCUCGCUGUAUCCUCAGCCGCACCAGCCGCACGGGCCCUCUUCAGCGACCCCUGCGGCCAUUACCUGUUGCCGCAGUUCCUAGCCGGCACCUGCUAAACUUUCCACGCGCGCUUCUCGCGCGUUUUCUGUCAAGGAAGUACUUGACACCCAAGUCUCGACCCUGUGUGGCAUCGGCACUUGCAUGCAUCACGGCUCUUCACCAGGACCACUUCACGACAGCCGGUGAUUCACUCGUAUUCACGUCUUCCGCGGGUCCAGCACUUUUAUUGCUUCCCCUGUCCUCUCCAGCUUCUUCAAUCACUCCCGGACAGUCUCUCGCGCCCACUUCCCUCCAAUGCUACAGCGACGACGCGCCGCAGCCCGCCAUAGCUGAAAGAAACCGCGUCUUAACUCAUAUCGUCUUCCCCAUCGCGCUGUCGCUGGCGCCAUACGGCACUUCGCGGCCAGGAGAUCUCGACCCGGGGGUGCAGUGCGUGACACCAAGUCCGUUUACUGCACCUCGACGAGACAUUCUUGAGUCACAGGCAGGACCUCCGCCUCCCGGAGGCGCAGUUUUCUCGCGAUGGCUUCAAGGCUCGACCGUCUGGUUACCAUUCUUGAGACCGGCAGCACCCGUCUCAUUCGAGAGACAGCUGUCAACCAGCUUGCCGACUGGCAGAAGCAGCACCCAGACGAGCUCUUUAACUUAUUAUCUCGAGUUGUCCCAUAUCUUCGGCACAAGGAAUGGGAGACGCGGAGUACCGCUGCGAAAGCCAUCGGAAAAAUCAUUGAGAAUGCUCCCCUCUAUGACCCAAACUCCAGCGAUCCGCUUGAACAGCCCAAGAAUGAAAAGCCUACGAGCGAGAAUGGCCAUGUCAAAAAGGAAGAGCACGAGACUGAGCCCCACCUGCAUCACGAGGACCUCUUCACUUUCGAAUCCCUCAACCUUGACUCCAUUCUCAGGUUUGGACGAGAAUUGCUUCGAGGUGGCGGCAUCGAAUACAAUUUGGCCGCGCUGGAUCCACAAGACCGCCUGGCACACCAGAAGAAAACCCUCCCAGGUCGGCUUGGGCUGCUGGGACGAAAGUUUAAGGACGAGGAGAUGCCUGUCAUGGUCGACUUGCAAGCCGCUCCUAUGACUCCGCUCGAAGCGAGCAACGGAAAUGGCCUGGCUCGUAGCGACAGCAUUUCAGGCACGGGUCAAGGGACCGAGGACUCUCAGCUGAGCACGAGACAGCUCAACGUGCUCAAGCGCAAGCGUAAGAGAGAGGCGAUGAAGGCGUCCCAAGGCAAGGGCGGCUUCGGAGACUUGUCUCUGCGGCGAUCGACGACGGCGGGGUCAGAAGUUUUUGCAGACGAAACGCCGGCUGCUGAUCCUGACUCCAAGAAGAACGGACAAGUCAACGACUACUUCAAUCUUGACCGCCCAACAGACGUCGAUGAAGAAACCAAGGUCGUCAGUGAAUUUAAGGGCCCGAUCAUUCCCAUAAAAUCCGAAAUUGAAGCCGACGACCCCUUAGAGGGCCUGGAAUGGCCGUACGAGCGUCUUUGCGACUUCCUUAAGGUCGACUUGUUCGACCCCUCGUGGGAAACCCGGCACGGGGCGGCUAUGGGCUUGCGAGAAGUAAUGAGGGUCCAUGGUGGAGGCGCCGGACGUUUGCGCGGCAAGGCCAGAGACGACAAUGAGAACCUGAACAGAAAGUGGCUGAAUGACAUGGCCUGUAGGCUGUGCUGCGUUCUGAUGCUGGACCGUUUCACCGAUUACAGUUCCGAUACGUCCGUGGCGCCAAUCCGGGAGACAAUCGGCCAAACGCUCGGCUCGGUUCUCAAGCACGUUACUGCCGAUUCUGUUUAUGACAUUUAUCGAAUUCUCUACCGGAUGGUGAUGCAAGAAGACAUACAACUUGAACGAUCGCAAUGGGCCGUGUGCCAUGGAGGCAUGGUCGGCUUGCGAUACGUCGUGGCAGUCAGGAAAGAUCUGCUGCUCCAGGACGGCGACAUGAUCGAUGGCAUCAUCAGGGCCGUAAUGAAGGGUUUGGGCGACCUGGACGACGAUGUUCGUUCAGUAAGCGCGGCCACCAUUAUCCCCAUGGCCAAAGAGUUUGUCACCAUGAGGCCGACGGCGUUGGAUGACCUUACGAAUAUUGUUUGGGAGUCCCUGUCGAACCUUGGAGACGACCUGAGCGCCAGCACAGGACGCAUCAUGGAUCUUCUCGCCACUCUCUGUGGUUUCCCCGAGGUUCUGGAGGCGAUGAAGGCUUCGGCGGCUCAAGAUGAGGAACGGUCCUUCACUCUCCUUGUCCCCCGACUUUAUCCCUUCUUACGACACACUAUUACUUCGGUGCGCUUGGCCGUCCUCAAGGCGCUAUUGACCUUUGCAAACCUGGAUGCCGACACUUCUCAAGGCUGGCUCAAUGGGAAAACUCUGCGUCUUGUGUUCCAGAAUGUCCUGGUGGAGAGAGAUCAAGAGACGCUCCACAUGUCUUUGAAACUCUGGGAUGCGUUGGUCCGCUGCCUGGCCAGGGACCCGGCCCUCCUUGCAGACGAGUUUGCCCCCCACGUUGAAGCGCUCAUGCAGCUCACACUACACCCGAUUGGCAUAUCAAGGAAUCCGAUACCCAUGAACGCAGGGCUCUUCCAGAAACCAUCCGGCGGCACGUAUUCAAACACGCUCCCCCAGCCGUCUGCUCGGAGGCUGUCGUCGCCUGACGGAUCGGACAGGGCACCGAAGCGGCGCCGCAAGUCAAAUAAGGCUGUUGAGGAAGCAGUUCCUGCUGGCUUGACGCACGAUGUGGACGGGCACAUGAUGCAGGGCGACGUUGAUCUCGUCGGCAUGGAAGCGCUAAUCCGGUCUCGCGUAUCUGCUGCCAAAGCAAUGGGCCAGAUUAUGUCUCUUGUACCGGAAAAGAAUCUCGACGCUUAUGACGUGCUUUUGCUGCCCGGGCUGACAUCUCCGUUCGCAUCAACGCAGCUUUCGGCAUGUCUCGUCAUUGACGAGUUCGCAAAGGACUGCCCCAACGUCGAUAGCAGCUCACGAUAUGCAGAUCACGUACAACGCAUGGUCGAAGCAGACCGCCCUGCUUCAUACAGGGAUCUGGUCAAUUUCGUUCAACGCACCAGGACGCAGUGUCAACAGCUCAUCAACCUUUUCCGCGAUCAUGGCAAGGUCUCGCAAGGCCGAUUGCCGGUGCUACCGGUGGUUGUACAAGGCGAACCCGAAGCCGGGCCUGGUGCUUUCUCGAUUGCAACCGCCGAGAAGUGCGUUGGCGAUGACUACGACAGACUCAAGAGGAUCAUGCCCCCUGGCCAGCGCUUGAUUGCGAGCCAACAGCUUGCGGAGGCCCGAGAUGUCGCCCUGUCUGUCAUAGAAGACGCCAAGGCGGCCAAAGAGGCACGCGAUAUUCGAAUCAAGGCUGGGGCUGCGUGCGCGAUGGUGGCCAUGAAGUUGCUUCCCAAGAAGCCCAGCCCGUUGAUCAAGGGUAUCAUGGACUCUGUGAAGACAGAGGAGAGCCAACAACUGCAAGGCCGCUCGUCUGAGACUAUCGCAAGAUUGGUUCAGCUUUUCACGGACAAGGGAAGACGAGGUCCCGCCGACAAAGUCGUCGCCAACCUUGUCAAAUUUUCUUGCGUCGAAGUGGCGGAAACUCCUGAAUUCCCCGUACACGCCGCCAAGACGAACUGUAUCCUGUCGAUGCAGAAGGAAGAAGAUCGCGUCGACCAUGCAGACGCUGUGAAGUGGGCCAAGGAAGCCAAGGCAGCCCGAAUCACUCGACGAGGCGCCAAAGACGCCCUCGAGAUCCUUUCCAAGACAUAUGGCGCGGCCGUCCUUGAGACGGUCCCAAGCCUGAGGACCUUUAUGGAGCAGCCAUUGGUCAAGGCAUUCUCCGGGGAUCUGCCCGCUGAGGCAAAGGAUCCUGAAGACACCUUUGGCCAGGAGAUUGUCGACGCCAUGUCUGUCAUCAGAACCAUGACGCCCACGCUGGACCCGGCCCUGCAUCCCUUCGUCAUGCAGAUGGUUCCGCUCGUCAUCAAAGCCCUCCACUCAGAGCUCUCCGUCUUUCGCUAUAUGGCUGCGAAGUGCUUGGCCACAAUCUGCAGCGUCAUCACUGUCGAAGGCAUGACGUCCCUGGUCGAGAAGGUCCUCCCGUCCAUCACCAACCCCCUUGAUCUGAACUACAGGCAGGGCGUGAUCGAGGCCAUCUACCACUUGAUUGCCGUCAUGGGCGACGCCAUUUUGCCGUACGUCAUCUUCCUUAUCGUGCCCGUGCUUGGCCGCAUGAGCGACUCGGACAACGAGGUCCGACUCAUCGCGACCACCUCCUUUGCCACGUUGGUCAAGUUGGUGCCUCUCGAGGCUGGCAUCCCCGACCCGCCUGGCCUUUCCGAGGAACUACUCAGGGGACGAGAUCGUGAGCGAAACUUUAUCGCUCAGCUGCUCGACCCCAAGAAGGUCGAGCCCUUUCACAUUCCUGUCGCCAUCAAGGCCGAGCUUCGAUCAUACCAGCAGGAGGGCGUCAACUGGCUGCAUUUCCUCAACAAGUACCACUUGCACGGAAUCCUUUGCGACGACAUGGGUCUCGGCAAGACCCUACAGACCCUGUGUAUUGUUGCGAGCGACCAUCAUCAGCGCGCAGAAGAGUUUGCAAAAACCAAAGCCCCGGAUGUGCGACGCUUGCCGUCGCUCAUCGUCUGCCCCCCGACGCUGUCUGGCCACUGGCAGCAGGAGAUCAAAGCGUACGCCCCAUUCCUUAGCGUCAUGGCGUAUGUCGGCCCGCCGGCUGAGAGAAAGGCGAUGAAGGCCAGGCUGGGGGAGACAGAUAUCGUCAUCACCUCGUACGAUGUCUGCAGAAACGACACGGAUGUCCUCGAACAGCAUAACUGGAACUACAUGGUCUUGGACGAGGGUCACCUCAUCAAGAAUCCCAAGGCGAAGAUCUCCCAAGCUGUCAAAAGGCUUGUCAGCAACCAUCGACUGAUCCUCACCGGCACGCCAAUUCAGAACAAUGUGUUGGAGCUGUGGUCGCUUUUUGACUUCCUCAUGCCAGGUUUCCUCGGCGCCGAGAAAGUCUUCAUGGAUCGCUUUGCCAAGCCCAUCGCAAACAGCCGCAACAGCAAGGCGUCGUCCAAGGAACAGGAAGCGGGCGCUCUGGCGAUCGAAGCCUUGCACAAGCAGGUGCUGCCGUUUUUGCUCCGUCGCCUCAAGGAAGAGGUCCUCAACGACCUGCCUCCCAAGAUCCUGCAAAACUACUACUGCGACCUGAGCGACCUGCAGAAGAAGCUCUUCGAAGACUUUAGCAAGAAGCAGGGCAAGAAGCUGCAGGCGGAAGCGGGCCGUGACGACAAGGAGGCCAAGCAACACAUCUUCCAAGCGCUGCAGUAUAUGCGCAAGCUGUGCAACUCGCCCGCGCUCGUUAUGAAGCCCGACAUGCCGGUGUAUGAGGAGACGCAGAAGAUUUUGCAGAAACAGGGCACAUGCAUCGAGGACGUCGCUCACGCGCCGAAGUUGACGGCGUUGCGCGACCUCUUGGUGGACUGCGGCAUCGGCGGUCAAGAAGGAGACUCGAACGACCCAUUAUAUCAGCCUAUCAAGCCCCACCGAGCGCUCAUUUUCUGUCAGAUGAAAGAAAUGCUGGACAUGGUGCAAAACAAGGUGCUGAAAGAAAUGCUGCCGUCCGUAUCGCACCUCCGCCUCGACGGCUCGGUGGAGGCGAAUAAGAGACAGGACAUCGUCAAUAAGUUCAACGGCGAUCCAUCGUACGACGUCUUACUCCUGACCACCAGCGUUGGCGGACUGGGCCUCAACUUGACGGGCGCCGACACCGUCAUCUUUGUGGAGCACGACUGGAACCCGCAAAAGGACUUGCAGGCCAUGGAUCGCGCCCAUCGAAUCGGACAGAAAAAGGUGGUCAACGUCUACCGACUCAUCACCCGCGGCACGCUGGAGGAGAAGAUAUUGAGCCUCCAGCGUUUCAAGAUCGACGUCGCCUCAACGGUUGUCAACCAGCAGAACGCGGGUCUGGCCACAAUGGACACGGACCAGAUCCUCGACCUGUUCAACCUCGGAGAUUCGGGGCCGAACCUCAUAUCAGACAAGCCGCAAAAUGAGGUGGACGGACGGGAAGAAGAUAUGGUGGACCUCGAGACGGGCGACGUGUUGCGGCAGCCGACGAAGAAGCCGUGGCUAGAGGACCUAGGGGAGCUAUGGGAUAGCAAACAGUACGAGGAGAGCUUUGACUUGGACGAUUUUAUGAAGAACAUGUCCUGAGGACAAGCCGGCAGCGAGCGCGGAAACAUUUGUUUUGGGCUUGGAGUUGAGGGCAUGAGCUUUUCAAUAGGCGUUGGAAAUGGGAGUGUCGAUGCAUCACGUCGCGUCGCAUCGGCCGCGGAACAGUGUACGAUGGAUGGCUCAUUGUUUGAGUCUAGAAUUAGCCUGUACUUUAUUACGAUGCGGCGUGCGGGGAAGAAUAGACGGGGG